AACACUGAAGCACGUCGCCAUUUUCGUUUCGUUCCGUUGCCACAAAAAUUUUCACACGCAACGCCGCAUACUGAAAAAAUCGGUUUUUACUAUUUAAAGUGCCCUCGAAGUUAUUCUGACUUUGCGUGGUUGUCCUAAGCGAGUUGUUGCUGUGAAAGUUGUCGGGAAAACAUGAGCACAACGCCGCCGGACUUACUUUCCUCGGCAGUGGCCCGAGAAGUCUCACUCGCAGUCGCCGCCUCUGCCAACGGCGGCAGCGGCAGAAGCGGCGCUGAUAAGGAGCGCUCCCGGUCCAAGGAUCGUGGAAGGGACAAGGAUAGGGACAAGGACAAGGAGCGGGACAAGGACAAGAAAAUAAGGGACAGGGACAGCAGGGACCGGGACAGCCGCCGCCGGGAUGAUCGUGAUCGCGACCGUGAUCGGGAUCGGGAUCGUGAGCGCGACCGGGAUCGCGAUCGUGGUGACCGAGAUUCCCGCUCGAAUCGGAGCAAGUCGCGCAACUACGACGACCAAGACAGACGCAGGAAGCGUUCGCGCAGCAAGGACCGGGAUCGUGACCGCAAGCGGGAUCGGGACCGUGAUUCCCGCUCCAGGCGCAGUAGUUCUCGGGGCGGUCGCGGCGAUGAUUACGACCGGAGUCGACGGCGCCGCUCGCGCAGUCGAAGCUACGAGCGUCGUCGUAGCGAUCGCGGCAGCCAGAGAGAUCAGCGGGACCAGCCGCCGCAAAGAAGCAGCAGGGAACGUACACAUGUAAACCCCUUCGACACUUCCAACAGUCGCAACUCCUUGAAUCAGGAUCAUGACCAGCCCAGGAUUCCCUCCCUCUUCGACCGGCAGCCGCAGGGUUUGGAAACGAUCAGGGAAGAGCCAAGGGAUUCAAGGUUUGAUUUAUCUCAGACCAUUCAGGAGCUAAUGGGAAGCGCGGGAGGCAGCAAGGGAUUCGCCUCGUUCUUCAACAACCAGAACAGCAAUGACUCCAACAGUAAUGGAGCUUUUGACAAUUCAAUGGACAGCGCUGCGGAACGGAAAAGAAAACGCAAGUCUCGCUGGGGCGGCAGUGAAAACGACAAGACAUUUAUACCGGGAAUGCCCACGAUUCUGCCCUCCACCCUGGACCCAGCACAACAGGAGGCCUAUCUAGUUCAAUUCCAAAUCGAGGAGAUCAGCCGCAAGCUGCGAACUGGCGACAUGGGCAUCACCCAGAAUCCGGAAGAAAGGUCUCCAUCGCCGGAGCCCAUUUACAGUUCUGAUGGCAAGCGGUUGAAUACCCGCGAGUUCCGCUACAGGAAACGUCUGGAGGAACAGCGCCACCAACUGAUCGUCAAGAUGCAGACGGUGAACCCUGAGUUCAAGCCACCGGCGGACUACAAACCGCCAGUGACCCGAGUAAGCGACAAAGUGCUGAUUCCGCAGGAGCAGCAUCCGGACAUCAACUUCGUGGGCCUGCUGAUCGGACCGCGCGGCAACACGCUCAAGGCUAUGGAGAAGGAUACGGGCGCCAAGAUCAUAAUUCGCGGCAAGGGAUCGGUGAAGGAGGGCAAAGUGGGGCGCAAGGAUGGCCAACCGUUGCCGGGCGAGGACGAGCCCCUGCAUGCCUUUAUCACCGCCCCAAAUCCGGAGGCGGUGCGCAAGGCCGUGGACAAGAUCAAGGACGUCAUCCGACAGGGAAUCGAGGUGCCCGAGGGCCACAACGAUCUGCGCAGGAUGCAGCUGCGCGAGCUGGCUCAACUGAAUGGAACGCUGCGCGAGAACGACAUCCAGCGCUGUACGUGUGGCUCGACGGACCACAAAUCCUGGCAGUGUCCGGAUAAGCCCAUCAUAACGAACACGAUAGUGUGUACUUCGUGUGGCGGAACGGGUCAUUUGACUAAGGAUUGUCGCAACAAGCGCCCGGGAUCCGGAGCACCGGGCAUGGCCUGCGAGGACUCGCAGGCGAAGAUCGACGAGGAGUACAUGAGUCUGAUGGCAGAGUUGGGCGAAGGACCGCCGCCGACAGCAGCGUCUGCCAAGCCGGAUCCGCCAGCCAACAACGGACCUCAGUUGCACCGCGCCAGCUACAGCAUCUUCGACAAGAAGCCCUCGCAGAUGCAGGCCAUCCAGUCGCCACCGAGCUCCUCGUCGCGAGAUCACCAGCGCGACCUGGGCGGAUGGGGAGCGGCGGCGCACGAUCACGGCAUGGGCAUGGAGCACGGUAUGGGCUUGGACCAGCACGGUCACGGCAUGGGAGCGAUGGAUCACGCCAUGAGCCUGGGCAUGGAGCACGCUAUGGCGGCCUAUGUGCCGGCACCGCCGGGCGCCCAGGCACCGCCCCCGAUGCCGCCGCCGCUGAUGCCGUGGAUGAGCGCACCGCAACCGCCGCCACCGGCGACGGAGCCGAUGAAUCCACCCAUACCGGGCACCUUGCCGCCGCUCAUCCCGCCGCCACCUGGCACCAGUGCCCCGCCCAUGCCGCCGUGGGGCGGAGGCGCUUACAGUGGCUGGGGCGGCGGCUAUGCGCCGCCUCCACCUCCGCCCUGCGCCCCGCCGCCACCAUCCUUGAGCCUGUCGCAGCCGCCGCCACCUCCACCGCCCUCCACCUGAGCUUUCGCAUUUUCAUAGGAUCGAUACCGAUCUCGCUCAGAUGCUCCGACGAUAGUGCUCGACCGCAUGAGACUGUCCCUGCAAUCAAUUAACAACGUAAUCUUAAUCCCCGAUCACAUUAUUCGCUUUCACUAUAAUCGAUAAUCCAGACAAGCCUACAAAACAGAUUUGUAUUUUACGAUGAUUCAAAUAAAGGACGGAAUUAAAUAUUCAA